AUGGAUAAGAAGCCUAUAGAUCCCGCAAAGGAGCUGUCCCCGGAUGGUCGUUCUUCCAUCCAAGGGGGCAUUGCUCACCAUGCAGAGGACCCUCUCCCCGAAAGGGAACCUUAUGGCCCCCCAGGUAUUAGGGGACUCAUAGCAAACCCGUUCGUCCUUAUGUGUGCCGCUUGCUCGACGCUGGGAGGUCUCACAUUUGGGUAUGAUCAAGGUGUAGUCUCGGUCAUCCUGGUCAUGGACCAAUUCUUGGAGCGUUUCCCCGAGGUGAACUCCGGCUUUUGGAAAGGUUUGAUGACAGCGAUGAUCGAGCUAGGAGCAUUCCUUGGUGCCAUGAACCAGGGUUGGAUCGCGGACAAAAUCUCUCGCCGUUAUUCGAUCAUCGUCGCAGUUUGCAUUUUCACGGUUGGAUCAGUAUUGCAGACAGCAGCGGUCGACUAUGCCAUGUUGACUGUCGCACGACUGAUUGGUGGUGUGGGGAUUGGUAUGCUGUCAAUGGUGGCUCCCCUGUAUAUCUCCGAAAUUAGUCCUCCCGAGUGCCGUGGUACGCUUCUGGUUAUGGAAGAGCUGUUCAUCGUUCUUGGAAUCGUCAUUGCAUACUGGAUUACCUAUGGCACUAGAUACAUGUCUGGAGAGUGGGCAUGGCGCCUUCCCUUCCUGCUGCAGUUGAUCCCGGGUUUCAUCUUAUCGGCGGGUGUUAUUGUACUGCCUUUCUCUCCAAGAUGGCUUGUUGCCAAAGGAAGGGUCCAGGAGGCUCUGCAGAGUCUGUCGAAGCUGCGUCAGUUGCCUCCAUCCGAUAAGCGCGUCAGACAGGAGCUUCUGGACAUCAAAGCCGAGGUUCGCUUUCAUCAGGAACUCAACGCAGAAAAGCACCCAAAUCUGCAGGGUGGUGGAAUCAAGAACGCAAUCUUGCUCGAUCUGGCAUGCUGGGCCGAUUGCUUCAAAAAGGGUUGCUGGCGGAGGACGCACAUUGGUGUCAUGAUGAUGUUCUUCCAACAGUUCGUUGGAAUCAAUGCCCUCAUAUACUACGCACCCACACUGUUCGAGACUAUGGGGUUGGACUACAGCAUGCAACUUCUGAUGGCGGGUAUCGUGAACGUGGGACAGCUGGUGGGUGUGAUCACCAGUAUUUCCACCAUGGAUAAAUUCGGUCGCCGGGCUCUUCUACUUUGGGGUGUAGCUAUCAUGGCAAUCUGCCAUAUCAUCGUGGCCGUCUUGGUUAGCCUCUACUCCGACAACUGGCCCGCACACCGCGCACCGGGUUGGGCCAGUGUCGCUCUUCUACUUUUGUAUAUGGUUGCUUUUGGUGGCUCAUGGGGUCCAGUAGGAUGGGCGCUGCCAGCUGAGGUGUUUCCUUCUUCUCUCCGUGCCAAGGGUGUGGCCCUUUCGACCUGCUCUAACUGGCUGAACAACUUUAUUAUUGGCUUGAUCACACCGCCGCUUGUUGAAGAUACCGGAUACGGCGCCUACGUAUUCUUUGCAGUCUUCUGUUCGCUGGCCUUCGUAUGGACACUCUUCUUCGUCCCUGAGACUAAGGGCAGGUCUCUGGAAGAGAUGGAUCAGGUCUUCAAGGAUAACUCGAGCGAAGCAGAACAGGCUCGUAGACGUGCUAUCGAGGCAGACCUGUUGCGUGAGGAGGAGCAGGCGGUGAUAGAGGCCUAA